GGCGAGUGAAGAGAGGCGCGCCGAUACAAAGUUGAACGUAGCAAGGCUUGACCAUCCUCAACACAAAAGGUAAAGCUCAAGUGUCAAAUUGUGCUAACGAACGAGGAGUUACCUGCACCUAGCCCAUUGUCUGGAUUUCUUGUUUCGUUAUAGUACAAUUAUUUGCAUAUAACUUCAUAACUUCCAAGAUGUGGUUACGUACAGUGUUCUUGUGUAAUUUAGUUUUUCUUUAUACUUCGCUGGCAAGAUUACAAACGUCAAAAAGCAGAAAAGGAUGUGCAUCUCUGAGAACGUGCCUCGACCCGUUCCCCAUGUUGGUAGAUCUGAUACAGAAAGACAAGGCCGGAGCUCUAGCAACACUCACUUAUGGAGUCCUAUUAGACAGUGUUUGCAGUAAGCAAAUGUCACUAAAUGAAUGCAUCUCUAAGUCUCCGUGUGACAUUUUUAACAAAUAUUAUGUCAGCCAUGCGGUGAGAGACACUCUGGAGUUUAUCUGUGGUGAAGGUAGAGAUGUGUUGCUGUCAGAAGCAGGGUGCUUCUCGAGGGAUGACUUUGAAUGGGGCGCCUACCAGUGUUCCAGGGCAAUGAGGCUGGAGUCGGACAUCGCCACUCUGCAAUUGCAGACAACUGUCAAUCUAGCAAAACAAGACAAACCAAGCAAAACCGUUACUGGACUAUGCGGAGUCUUUCAAAAUUUACUCAACUGUAUUCACAUCAACGUGGAGAGGACAUGUUCCAAGAAAGCUGCCAACUUUACAAGAUCAGUGUUUAAAAAAACUGUUGGCCCGUUUGCCAAGGAGCUAGGCUGCUCAUUAAAAUGAUCUGUCUCCCUUUUUAUUGUUUGUGCCCAUUUCAUUCAGCGACUCAAAGAGAAACAACUUACCUAUCUAUAGUCUAAAACACAAGUCACUUCAAUCUGAAUCACCAUAUAACUUUGUAUGAGGAUAUAAAAGUUGUGUAAUAUCUAUUAGGCCUACUACUUUUGUAAUAUUUUUAUUCUACAGUCAAAGAAAUGUUCACAUCUUGUGACUGCAUUGUUUUUACCAUGACUUGUACAGAUAAAUAAACUCCAUUACUGGCAUAAAGGUAGUCCUAAUCAACUUAAUAUUUUAUUGCAUUUGAUUUCUUUGAUCAACGACAAAUGUAGGCCUACACAAUAAGUUUUUCAAAUCACAUUAAUACAUGUACAUAUUUUUGCUACUAUACUGCUCAAAAUUAUUGCAGUCAAAAAUCAUUGUGUCAAUUUUUUUUUUAUUAUGAGAUUUUUCUUAAUGAAAGAUCUUUUGGUUCCAUUAUAUUUUACUUAGUAAUGAAAGCAGAUGAAUUUAAUAAGCCUGAAUUGUUAAAUGAUAUUAACUAACUAGUACCACUACAAGUAUUGCAGUCUGUGGAUGCAAUUUGAUAAUUGCACAUUUGGGCGUCCUAUAUAGACAUUAUCUGGUAUAAAACCAUGAAGUCAAGUGCAUUACAAUGGCGGUGGGAAAGACUUCAAUUCAUAUUUUGUCAUAUUCCUGAUUAGAUGUACUGUUCCAGUGUAAAGCAUCUUAAAUAGCUCAAAUAUAAAGAUUACAUGUAAACUUAAGUUUGACUUGGCAAGUGCCUGUGUGAUUGUCUAGUGAUAUUUUAUGUAAAAAGGUCAGACUGCAAAGAUAAUUGCAUUACAAAGUUUGCAUACGAUGUGAUGAUAUGAUACUAUUGAUGCUAAUGUUUAUGGUGCAUAUUGCUACAUAUUUCAUAGCAAUGUUCAUACGGUCUGUAUCAGUUUUAUCAUGUGUGUAUAUCUUAAUAAAAAACAAACAAUCUUAA